AUGGGGUCCUUUUCUUUUGCAAUGGAGAAUGUUGCCAUAGAUAGUCCGAUUAUCUUCCGUGGUGGAAACCUCGGGCGUCCUAGGUUACCCAGUUAUGGUGUUUUGAGUGAAGGUGUUGGGAGGCUGUCUUUGUCUCGGGGCUGCAGAGUGACAAGGAAGUUGGUGAUUAAGCGCAUUAGCGCAACGACCGGUGAUUCUGGAGAAACUGAAAAUGGGGAUGACCCAGAUGAUGCUUUGCAAGCCACCAUAGAGAAGAGUAAAAAAGUGUUGGCUAUGCAGAAGACUUUGCUUAAUCAGAUAGCAGAAAGGAAAAAUAUAGUUUCCUCCAUAAGAAGUAGCAUUAUCAACCAGGAUGCUGAUGGAACUGGGUCAAGUGUUGAUGAGCCAUCGGGUACUGCUAACAAACAAGAUGAGGCAUUUAGGAAUGAUACAUUUCCAACCAAGAGUACCCAGUCCAGUCCCAUUGAGGUGAAAGACAACAUGCCAACAGGUGGAGACGUGAAGGCUUCCGGAAAGGUCUUGCCUCCAAAAGAGGCUUAUUCAAAUGCAAGUUCCAACGGACAGUUAAAAGACUCUAAUAAAGAAAGAUCUCAAUCUUAUGGUGAAGUUUCUGCUCAGCAAGAGUCAUCCACAACAACUAAACCGAGGGUCAAUUCACCAACAACCGUGAAUUAUUUUAAGAGUUCAUUAGGCGUCAGCAUCGACAAACAAUUAAAAGAAGUGCCGGCCAUGAAAUUGUGGCCAUCCAGUGCAGGUUUUCCGCUGACUGAUACGAAGCAGGACAGUGUUAAGGAAUCUGGUCCACAGAAAGUGAUUGCUCAGAAGGAAGAUAUUGUGGAAGAAGAAGCAAAACCCCCUCCACUUGCUGGGGUGAAUGUGAUGAAUGUAAUCGUGGUAGCUGCGGAAUGUGCCCCAUGGAUUAAAACUGGUGGACUUGCUGAUGUUGCUGGAGCUUUACCCAAGGCUUUGGCUCGCCGUGGGCACAGAGUUAUGGUGGUCGUCCCUCGGUACGGUGAUUAUGCCGAAGCUCAGGACACAGGGGUUCGGAAAAGGUAUCGGGUAGAUGGUCAGGAUAUGGAGGUGAAUUACUUUCAGGCCUUUAUUGAUGGUGUAGACUUUGUAUUCGUGGACUCCCCGAUUUUCCGACACAUUGAAAAGAAUAUAUAUGGAGGCAAUCGUGUGGAUAUUCUGAAGCGCAUGGUUCUGUUUUGCAAAGCUGCUGUUGAGAUUCCUUGGUAUGUUCCUUGUGGUGGGAUCUGCUAUGGAGAUGGAAAUUUGGUUUUCAUAGCAAAUGAUUGGCACACAGCUUUACUUCCUGUGUAUCUCAAGGCAUAUUAUCGAGACCAUGGAUUGAUGAAAUACACGAGAUCGGUUCUUGUGAUUCAUAACAUAGCUCACCAGGGUCGUGGUCCUGUGGAUGACUUCUCAUAUGUGGAUCUUCCUCCGCACUACUUGGAUCUUUUCAAGUUAUAUGAUCCUGUAGGAGGUGAACACUUCAACAUAUUUGCAGCAGGUUUAAAGAUGGCCGAUCGUAUUGCAACUGUUAGUCAUGGAUAUUCCUGGGAAUUGAAAACUGCUGAAGGUGGUUGGGGCCUACAUGGAAUUAUCAAUGAGAAUGACUGGAAACUUGCGGGUAUUGUUAAUGGGAUUGAUACAAAGGACUGGAACCCUGAGUUGGACGUUUAUCUUCAGUCUGAUGGCUAUUGUAAUUACUCUUUAGAUACCCUUCAGACCGGUAAACCCCAGUGCAAAGCAGCAUUGCAAAAGGAAUUAGGUUUGCCGAUUCGUGCAGACGUCCCACUGAUAGGUUUUAUUGGAAGGCUUGAUCACCAGAAAGGUGUUGAUCUCAUAGCUGAGGCGAUUCCUUGGAUGAUGGGCCAGGAUGUACAGUUGGUCAUGUUGGGUACGGGUAGAUCUGACCUUGAACAGAUGCUUCGGACUUUUGAAGGACAAUACAACGACAAAGUCAGGGGUUGGGUGGGUUUCUCCGUAAAGACAGCCCAUAGGAUAACUGCUGGUGCAGACAUAUUGCUGAUGCCGUCAAGAUUUGAGCCUUGUGGAUUGAAUCAACUUUAUGCUAUGUCCUAUGGCACCGUUCCAGUUGUUCAUGCUGUAGGGGGUCUAAGGGAUACUGUGCAGCCUUUCAAUCCUUAUGAAGAAACUGGCCUUGGAUGGACAUUUGAUCGGGCAGAGGCUGGUCGGCUUAUCCACGCAUUAGGUAACUGUUUACUGACUUAUCGCGAGUACAAAAAGAGCUGGGAAGGCAUACAGAGACGCGGUAUGAUGCAAAAUUUGAGCUGGGAUAAUGCUGCUCAGAAGUACGAGGAAGUGCUUAUUGCUGCCAAGUAUCAAUGGUGA